UGCACUACGUUUAUAACGUUUUCAGAUCAUAAACUUACCAUUGCAUUUGCACAAAUCACAUCCAUGCAUCUCUUCAUUGUCCUGGUGAUUUGUCUUUCUUGUUUGGUUUUUAUUUCUCUGUGGAAGCGAAGCUAUGCCAAACAGAAGCUCCCACCUGGCCCUACUCCUCUCCCAAUUGUUGGAAAUCUCCUUCAGCUAAAUACCAAGAACAUCAGUAAAUCCAUGAGCAUGCUAGCAAAAGUCUAUGGCCCCGUGUUCACUGUGUAUCUGGGCACAAAACCCACUGUGGUGCUGCAUGGAUACCAGGCAGUGAAGGAGGCCCUGGUUGAUCUUGGAGAGGAGUUUGCUGGAAGAGGAAGUCUUCCAUUGAUUGACAGAAUCACACAGGGAUCAGGACUUGCUUUCAGCAAUGGAGAAAUAUGGAAGCAAACCCGGCGUUUCUCACUCACAGUUUUGCGGAACAUGGGGAUGGGAAAGAAAACUAUUGAAGAUCGAAUUCAGGAAGAAGCUUUGUGUCUGGUAGAAGAGUUAAAAAAAACCAAUGCGUCUCCCUGCGAUCCUUCUUCGCUUCUGUUCUGUGUUCCCUGCAACGUGAUCUGCUCCAUCAUCUUCCAGAAUCGUUUUGACUACAGUGAUCAGACAUUUCAAACCUUGAAUAAGUAUUUUCAUGAAAACACCAGACUUUCCAGUACUCCCUGGGUACAGCUCUACAAUAUUUUCCCCAUUUUACAUUAUCUCCCAGGAAUUCAUCAUCAGUUAUUUAAAAAUAUUGCUUUGCAAAAGAAGUUUGUUUUAGAGAAAGUACAAGAACAUCAGGAAUCUCUGGAUGUGAAUAACCCUCGCGACUUUAUUGACUAUUUCCUGAUUAAAAUGAAAAAGGAAAAUCACGAUAAAGAGUCUGAAUUUACCAUGGACCACUUGAUCAUUACCAUAUUGGAUGUGUUCAGUGCGGGGACAGAAACAACGAGCACCACACUGACAUUUGGACUCCUGCUCCUGCUCAAGUAUCCUGAGAUUGCAGCUAAAGUCCGGGAAGAGAUUGAGCGUGUGAUUGGCAGACACCGGAGCCCCUGCAUGCAGGACAGGAGCCUCAUGCCCUACACGGAUGCCACAGUGCACGAGAUCCAGAGAUACAUUGACCUGGUCCCCACCAGUCUGCCCCGUGCCGUAACUCAGGACAUUCAAUUCCGUGGAUACCUCAUUCCAAAGGGCACGAGUAUAUUACCAUCUCUGAGUUCUGUCCUGUAUGAUGACAAAGUGUUUCCCAACCCAGAGAAUUUUGACCCUGGCCACUUCCUGGAUGAAAGUGGAAACUUUAAGAAAACAGACUACUUCAUGCCUUUCUCCACAGGAAAAAGAAUCUGUGUUGGAGAGGGCCUGGCCCGCAUGGAGCUGUUCUUAGUCCUGACCACCAUCUUACAGCAUUUUACCUUGAAACCUCUGGUUGAUCCAAAGGAUAUUGAUCCCACGCCAGUGGAUAAUGGGAUUGUCUCUAUUCCACCUUUCUAUGAGGUAUGCUUCAUUCCAGUCUGAAGAUGGCACCAGACUCCUGGGAGAGACCCUGCACCUUCCUCUGAACCAGACAGAUUAUUGCAGGCCUGUGUGUCACCUGUUACCCAUCCAUUGCUUACCAGCAAGAUGCCAUCCCUGAACACUGUCUCUUCUAAUUUCCCAGUUCAUCAAGCUCCAGUUCAAUUGCCCCACAAGGAAAAAAAAUUGUUUCAUCUUCAAUAAAAUUAUUUUCAUAAAGCAAUCCAGAGUAAUAAGGUAUUUUCAUCUCUGAGCCAUCGGAUCUCUCUCUCGCUCUCGCUCUCUCUCUCUCUCUGCAUCUCCUUUCUCUGUGUAACUCUGACUUUCAAAUAAAUAAAUCUUUAAAAAAUAAAGUAAUAAAAUAAAAAAGAUCAAUGAAAUAGAAAAUAAAAAUAUAGUGGCUCAGAGAAAACAUA